UGAUUUAGAAUUACCUAAUGGUUCUUGUAUUUUACAGAAAUAAUGAGACAGACAGACUUAAGAAUAAAUCUGAAUAUUAUUGCCUCUUUCAUUAUUCCUGUCAGUACUGGGUUUGGUCACUGGAGGGCGCCAGAGACAGUCUUCUUCACUGUGCUCUGUCCAUGGUGCUGAACCAUUCUAAUUACAUGCUGCAUAAUAAUAAUGAUAAUAAACAACAUUGUGCAGUCUCACUCUGUCCCUCUCCAUGGUGCUGAAACAGCACAGACUAUAGCUGUUGAAACGCACAUAUAUAGUGUUAGAUAUAGCUGUUUUCACUGCACCCUUUUAAUGUGUUUGUAUUCAAAUUGUAUUGGUCAGAAUAUGACAAAUAAGCCAAGACCUAAUCUGAAUAUCUUUAUAUUAUUUUUUUUACCAUGCUUCCUUGGCAGCAUACAGUACACUUCUAUCAUCUCUCUAUUACAGCUUUCCCCACAUAGUAUUUCCUCCAUCCUCUUUAUCUUUGUCCUGACACUUUUUCAUUUGAUGACUCAUCCAGCAGUUUUCCUGCCCUACUAUGCUGUCGUCAACUUGUACAGUAAUUAUUUGACUUAACUGUGUGACGUGUCAAAAGCAAAUAAAAGGAAAACUAUAUCUCAGGAAAGAUUUUAACUUUACUUUAACACUUGUUUUCUUCACACCAUUGCCUCUUAAAGUGUUCCCUAUGUAUUUAAAUAUAUUUAAUGAAGGGUCUGAGACCAUUUGCACUGCUGAAAGGCAGGCUACUGUGUGAGUGCGCUAAAGGGGUAAAGGCCCAUUGUCAGUCUCAUCUGUAAUGUGGAUAAAUUCCUUUGAAUUGCGAUGUUAAAAGUACCCAACUCUUUAUACAGUUUAUGACAAGGAUGAACACCAAUGCUAGACUUCUAUGUCUCCCUUGUGUGAUUUUAUUAGUUUAAAGUUUGGUAUACUUGCUUGUUUAAUUUUGUAGCUGUAUUUGGAUUUCCAUUCAAGGUGUCAUUAUGAAAUUCAGUGAUUAAAUGAUCUUCUUGCUUCAGUGAUAUUAGCUCUGGCUGUGCAAAAUUAUAAAACAGAGAGGAUAUCUGUCAGCCUUAGUGAUGCUCUUCAGCCUGUGAAACCUGUUGCGUACAUCUAAUUUCCACUCCAGACUUAAUAUUACUUUGCUUUGCAUUCAGUAUUGGUGUAGUUAGAGCUUCUGACCAGUAUGAACCAGGACAAUACAGGUGGAUCCACUGGAACCUCUUCAAUGACUCUUGGAAAUCCCAGACUCAAACUUUUGGACCUGUUUACCGGGAUUUAGUGAAGUUAUGUCUGCUGAAGAUUACUCGGGUUGUUUAGCUUUUUUAUUUUCACAUCUUGUGAACUAUGACAGAUGCAAUGUGACGUAAUGCAUCUCCAGACCGUGUGAAGCUGUAACCUGUUACCUGCGUGCCACCACACCUGCAUUUAAAGAUAAUUAGCUUACAGCCGGUCUAACUGCUUCCUUGUGCUGCUUUCCCAGCAUUUGAUUCUAUAGACUACACAUUAUUUCUUCUUUUGAACCGUUACUUUGCGUGAAAACAUUUUCAAACGUUGCUCUAAACAAUGUCAUUAACAUCACUCAUGUCGUCGAUUCAACGUGCAGCUGCUACGCAAUCAGUUUGUUUCUGCCUCCUCUGUUUUUUUUGUCGCAUUGGAUUUAAAGGCGAAGCAGAGUUGGAUAUUUCUGGGAAUUGGACCCAAGUUAUAGAUGGUGGCUGUCUUGCUACAGCUGUGUGGUGAAUAUGGGAUAUCGGGAAAACAUGACUGUCAGUGACACGAACAGUGGCCUCCGGUGAAUUUGGGAGACGGGACGCAGAAAACCCCGACAGGGAGAUCGAGAUACCCGGAGAAGAAACCUGCCGGACAGCCGGGGACACAAACUGGAAGGCGUCCAGCUGGCAGGCUGAGCAGACAGCAGUGGGCCUCACAAUACAGAGGACGCAGUGAAGGACACUGGGGUAGCCUAUCCAGACACCCACCCCUGCUGGAUCAUGGGUAACCAUACUGGCAAAGACAGCCAUGGCACUACAGGUUCUCCUUUAGAUUUCUUCCACACGCCUCCUACCACGCCCUCAGAGGCAGAUCUGACUGCCAUGGCCUUAUCCUCCUCAGCUUCCUCUAAUAAGGCACAGACGCCAUCACCAGUCGGCAGCACCACCCCCUCCACCGUCUCUCCAAUCGCAGAGUGGACACAGAAGCUGUCUGCUCCCUCAGAAUGGGCUGUGAUAAGCGUAGACAGCAUCGGCUACUCAGAGACAAAUGUGAGCGAUGCAGCAGCGAGGCACGGGCAGGAGGAGCUCAGCCCGGGCAGCCCGGCGUCCCUGCCUUCAGAGCAGAGCUGGCAGGAGCGGGAUAGUGGAUUAGAGCCGCAGGCUGCCGCAGAGAGAGCGGGAGAGGAGAUGAACCUGGUUUUACUCAGUCUGAUGGAGCACUACAGGGCCUCACUAGGCCUGACCCCCAACACUGACGUUACCACAGGUGCAGUGGAGCUGCUCAGGCGCUUGAUAACAGAGAAAGAUGAGCUGCUUGAGGAGGUGGACACACUGAGGGAGACACUGAGGACAGAGAGGUUGGAGUGGCAUCAGUUCCAGUGUGACCUGCAGGUCGCGGUGUCUGUGGCCGACCGGCUGCGGGUCGAGUCGGAGCAGGCUCUGGGUUUGCUCCAGGAGAGCCACAGGGCUGUGGAGGCGCAGUUGGCUCAGUCCCUCAGCAGACAGAAGGAGAAGGACGGAGAGCUGGAGAGUCUGAGAGCCGAGCACAGAGACGUCUGCCUCAAACUAGCUGAACUCACUCUGCAGCAGCAGCAGGAGCGGGCCGAGCUGGACGCUCUGAGGACGGCAUGCAGGGUGAAAGACAUAACAGAUUGUGAUGAAAAGGCAGAUAGACAAGACUCUGAGGAGGGGCAGGGGGAGGAAAUACCCAGGGAAGUUGAAGCUGACACUGAAGCUAAAAAUAUUGAAAAGGAUGAGAAUGAAACAAAUCAAGACGUGGAUGCUGAAGUUGUGGUUCACAAUCCUGAAGAGGCAAAUGGAUCAGGGAGCAUGCAGCUGACAGGGAAAGGGGUGGCGGAGGGAUACCUUCGCAGUUUGGCUGCCCUGGAGAAGAAGAAAGAAGGGGGACGUGGGCAGAGAGAUCCAAGGAGGAUUGUGAUGCUGUCUGAAAGAUCUUGGAGUCUCUCUCGUCUCCCACUCCCAACUGACUCCUCUGGUGAAAAUGGGACCUCAAAAAACGUGAGCACAACAUUGCCGCUAUGCAAGAAAGAAGAGCCACCAAAACAGAGAAGGAUGGACCGUAUUUUACAGCGGCAGGACAGCUGGUCCAGCUUUUAUACAGGAAAACAGGAUGAGGACCAAAGCUCUGAUUCCAUCAAACCUCAGGAUGGUUUCAGUGCUCUGCUGAGGCGUCAUGGUGGCUCCAGAAGAAACUCCCUGCUGCGUUGGUGCCAGAGUCGUACCCAAGGUUAUAAGAAUAUUGAGAUCACAAACUUCAGCAGCAGCUGGGAGGACGGCUUGGCGUUCUGUGCUGUUUAUCACACAUAUUUACCGACUUACAUCCCGUACGAGACCCUCUACCCGGCAGACAAGAAGGAAAAUCUGGACCUUGCUUUUAAGACAGGCGAGAGUGUGGGAAUCACAGCCACACUGACAGCGGAGGAGAUGCUGAAGGCAGAAGGCCCGGACUGGCAGAAGGUCCUGGGUUAUGUCGAAAGCAUUUUCCGUCAUUUUGAGAUGUGAAGUCGUUUUCUCUCGUCUUGCUUCUCUGCCUGGUUCUUUUCCAUUGUUGUGACUGGAGCUGAAGGACUUAAACACUGCUCACCACAAGAGGAAGCUCUAGUCACAAUGAACUUGCCAGCCAGGAUUUAAAAAGUGUCAGCAAUAUUAGACUGUAUGACCAUGUAUGAUUUUAUGUAUCCGUACAAUGUCCUUCACACAGAAACGAUUGUUUGCUGACACCCAGAUGGAAGAAACUAAACCUGGGAGUAUUUUUAUAUUUCUACAUACCAUCUAUUCAGAUCCAAAUAGCUGCUGGGUGAUUAAUGCACAAGACACAAAAAGAAUCAGUACGGUCACUAAGUCCAUAAUAUAAACACCUGCUCAGUAAUUACUUUCACAUUUGUUACUGGGUGCUGGGCGCACUGGGUUUGCACAGUUUGCCUUUUUAAAAAUAUUGAGCACUUUAUGAUUAAACUUGUGUUGUAUUUGUUAAGUGGAUGGUUUCAGAAUCUGGGGCACUUUAGUUUUAUUUAUCUCUGCUAAUAGUUAUUUUUUAUCAUGAACCUCUCCGGCCACGAUAGUGUUAUCAUGUCUGCAUGCACCCAAACCUAAAACAAAGGAAGGGCGCAGACAUGAACCCAGAUUUUAUGUUGGAAUAGUGAUGUUUUAACCUUAAAUACUACAGUGUCUGUUUAAAGGAAAGUUGCCUUGGAGGAAAUGUAUAUAUGUAAAUGUGUGUAAGCACUUUACUAUGUUUUUGAAAAAUACUGAACAUAUAAAGAUGUUGUUGUCUAAGCCUUAUUACAAUAAUAAAGUUAUGUAUAUGGAA